UUGGAAAGGAACUUUUUGAGUCUGAUUUAGACAGAAUAAUGGAUCAUAUUGAGGCUGCAAUGGCAAUGGUGCCAGUCCUGAAACAAGCAGACAUCAUUAACAUAGUUGCUGGUCCUAUCACAUAUUCUCCAGACAUUCUUCCUAUGGUGGGACCGCAUCAGGGUGUCAGAAAUUACUGGGUAGCAAUUGGCUUUGGAUAUGGCAUUAUCCAUGCUGGAGGUGUCGGAAAGUAUCUCAGUGAUUGGAUCCUAGGUGGGGAGCCUCCUUUCGACCUGAUAGAAUUAGAUCCCAAUCGCUAUGGAAAAUGGUCCACCACCCAAUAUACAGCAACAAAAGCAAGAGAGUCUUAUGGAUUUAACAACAUUGUUGGUUAUCCUAAAGAAGAAAGGUUUGCUGGGAGACCUACAGAGAGAGUCAGUGGGCUUUAUGAAGUGCUUAAAUCUAAAUGCUCAAUGGGUUUCCAUGCAGGAUGGGAGCAACCUCAUUGGUUCUACAAGCCUGGAGAUGACAUUGGAUACAAACCCAGUUUUGGGCGCACAAACUGGUUUGAACCUGUGGGUCGUGAAUAUAAGCAGGUUAUGGAAAAAGUUGGUGUGAUUGACCUGACACCAUUUGGCAAGUUUAUUGUCAAAGGGAAUGAUUCAGUUAAACUGUUGGAUCACCUGUUCGCAAAUGUCAUUCCAAAGGUGGGUGCUACAAAUAUAAGUCACAUGUUAACACCGAGAGGCCAAGUCUAUGCUGAGCUAACCAUCUCUCACCUAUCUCCAGGGGAGUUUUUGCUGGUGACUGGUUCUGGGUCAGAGCUCCAUGAUCUGAGAUGGAUAGAAGAGGAGGCACUAAAGGGUGGAUACAAUGUUGAGAUUAAAAACAUUACAGAUGAGAUGGGAGUACUUGGCAUAGCAGGUCCAUUUGCACGAAAGGUUCUCCAGAAACUGACCAUUGAGGAUCUUAGCGAUUCUGCAUUUAAAUUUCUUCAGUCCAGACAUAUUAAACUUUCUGAUAUUGCUGCUACUGCUAUUAGGAUAUCCUAUUCAGGUGAACUGGGUUGGGAACUCUACCACAGAAAAGAAGAUUCUGCAAUUCUGUACAAUGUCAUUAUGGAAGCAGGCCAGGAAGAAGGAAUCGAUGACUUUGGAACUUAUGCUCUGAAUGCCUUAAGGCUGGAAAAAGCUUUCCGGGCCUGGGGAGCAGAGCCAGCAGACUUCAUAGGUAAGCAAGCACUGAAGCAGAUUAAAGAAAAGGGGCUUAAACGGCGACUGGUGUAUCUCACCUUGGAAACAGCUAACGCUGAUCCAGAGGGAAAUGAAAGUGUGUGGCAUAAUGGCAGGGUUGUUGGCAACACCACAUCUGGAAAUUACAGCUACAGUACCCAACAGAGUCUGGCUUUUGCAUAUGUCCCCACAGAACUCAGCAAAGUUGGACAGAAGCUGGAAGUUGAACUGCUAGGAAAAAAUUAUUCAGCAACCAUUGUAGAGGAACCACUGGUUCUGACCGAACAAACAAGAACACGCUUUCAGAAAAAGGGUGGGAGUGCCAAGGUGUAAACCCAGAGGUAAGUUACAGUAAAUUCUCCAAUAUCAAUUGGUUUGACUUAUAACCAUGAAAUACAAGUUUCAGAGUGGUAGCCGUGUUAGUCUGUAUCAGCAAAAAGAACGAGGAGUACUUGUGGCACCUUAGAGACUA